CGGCCGAGGGGCUCUCCAUCUCCAGCAACUUUGGGGGUGGGGAGCACCGGCCCCAGGGGACAGUCGCUCUAGAGUUUCCGCAAUUUCUGGCCCCAGGCCCGGGAGUUGUGUGUGUCAGGGGGCCCUUUUCACCUUCGCUGGGGAGUUUCUGCAUAUUCUCGCACCAUCCCGGGUGCUUUUGCUGGGGCUCCCUCUAUUUAUUUGCACGCGCGCAUCUAGCUUUUUUCUAAGACGUUUUGCUCCGCUCUUGUUCCCUCUCAUUUUGUUGCUUGCCUGAGACUCUGCUCUUGUCCUUGCCCAGGCUGGGGUAGUUCUGUGUGUGCGCGCGCUCGCUCUUCCCUCCCCUUCCCUAUUUUCUUCUUUUAAAAAUUCUACCCUCAACCCCUGCAGGGUUUCUAAACACUAUCUCUCCUCCCCUUCCCCCAACUCCCUACCACUGGGCCGCUCCCAACAGUUUUAUUUUUCGGUCUUGCCCGGGCCGGGGCGGGUGGCUCAGCGGGGCUCGCACCCGGCGCUCCGCCGCCGCCGCCCAGCUGUGCCGGGGCGCCCUUCGGAGAUGCUGCCGUGGAAGAAGCACAAGUUCGAGCUGCUGGCCGAGGCGCCGCCGCGGCAGGCGUCCAAGCCCAAGGGCUACGCUGUGAGCCUGCACUACUCAGCGCUCAGCUCGCUGGCACGGGCGUGCCCCGAAGGCGCGCUUAGCCGGGUGGGCAGCAUGUUCCGCUCCAAGCGCAAGAAGCUGCACAUCACCAGCGAGGACCCCACUUACACCGUGCUCUACCUGGGCAAUGCCACCACCAUCCAGGCGCGCGGCGACGGCUGCACCGACCUAGCCGUGGGCAAGAUCUGGAGCAAGAGCGAGGCGGGCCGUCAGGGCACCAAGAUGAAGCUGACGGUGAGUGCGCAGGGUAUCCGCAUGGUGCACGCUGAGGAGCGCGCGCUGCGCCGCCCCGGCCACCUCUACUUGCUGCACCGCGUCACAUACUGCGUGGCAGACGCGCGGCUGCCCAAGGUCUUCGCAUGGGUGUACCGACACGAGCUAAAGCACAAGGCGGUAAUGCUGCGCUGCCACGCUGUGCUGGUGUCCAAGCCCGAGAAGGCGCAAGCUAUGGCGCUACUACUCUACCAGACAUCUGCCAACGCGCUGGCAGAAUUUAAACGCCUCAAGCGGCGGGACGACGCGCGUCACCAGCAGCAGGAGCUGGUGGGCGCGCACACCAUCCCGCUAGUGCCGCUGCGCAAGCUGCUCCUGCACGGACCCUGCUGCUACAAACCGCCGGUGGAGCGCAGCCGCAGCGCGCCCAAGCUCGGCUCCAUCACUGAGGACCUGCUUGGGGAACAGCAGGAGCAGGAGCUGCAGGAGGAAGAGGAAGAGGAGCACUCCGUGGGCUGCCUGGAGGAAGAGGAGGACCGUGCGGGGGAGGGAGACCCAGCAGAGCAGGAGGCUGAGGCGCAGCGGGCGCUGGUGGUGGCCAUGCACUUAGAGUGCGGAGACUUGCUGGACACGCUGGAGAAUGGCCGCGAGGAGGCGCUGGGGGGCGGCGGGGGCUCCUUGGGCCGGGGAGCCGGGCCGCCGCCUCUGCUGCUGGGCAGCGCCUCCGACAUGAAGGCCGAGCUGUCGCAGCUUAUUAGCGACCUGGGCGACUUCAGCUUCGGCAACGACGUGCGCACUCUGCAGGCCGACUUGCGGGUGACGCGCCUGCUGUCGGGCGAGAGCACCGGCAGCGAGAGCUCCAUCGAGGGCGGGGGCCCGGACGCCACCUCCGCCACCGCCGUGGACCCGCCCAGUCCAGCCGACGCCAGCCAGGACGAGCCCCACUCGGGCUGAACUCCCAGAAGACUCCUCUGCGCCCCCGGCACCCCACUGUGGGUCCCCAUCCGUGGUCCUGACAACCACCCUAUCCUCCGCCCUCGCCCAGGAAAGGGGAAAUGGGGCAUGCGAGGCCCAGAAUUGACCCUGGCCGCCCCCCCUUCCCUUGCCCCAACACUUUAAGUUCUGUUCGAGGCGGGCUCAGGUUGCGCUUGGGGAUGUGGGGAGACGUGAGAGCGGGGAAAACCCCUGCAAGGAAGGUGCGAGGCCGGCCUGUGGGAAGCGGGUGAAGGAAGGCGGGCUGGGCUGAAGUUCGCAAAAGUCUCUCCUGCCGGCCGGUUUCCUGUUUGUGGGGCAGCUGGGGCCCGAGGAGGAGGGGUUCACUUCCUCCCUCGGCCCCCUGGGAGCGGCCUUGCACUGUCAUUGACAUGGCGUUGAAAAAAAAGGAUUUGCUCUCAACAAAUGUUUGAGGCUUCAGUGCCACCCCUUUGCCCCCAGUUCUUUUUGGUGCAAGCGCUUGGGCUGUUUACCUCAAGACUCAGACCCUUGAAAUUCUGCCAAAUUCCUCAAAUAACUGUUGGGGUGGGGGGAGAUGAAAGAAAGUUGCGUUUUGUUUACAGUUAAAGACAUCUAAUAUCUGAAAAAGGAGUUUUCCUUUAGAAACACACACACACCCCUUCCUCUUGCUCAAAAGAUCUCACUCCAUGAUACUGUGUAAAAUAUUUUUGCACUGUUGUGAAG